CCCCUGACAAUGAAAGGCAUCAUUUCGUUUACUCUUUAAUUAUUAUACAUUUCAUACACACAGGUAUUGAUACAAAUGAGAAGAUGGUGCAAUGUUAUUGUACAUGCAUAUUGCAUAUAUCAAACCACCGGUCAAAUGUCCACAGUUGGACUGCUGUGGCGACGUGGAGAUGGAUAGCCAAUGAUGAUAACUGUGGUAUCUGCAGAAUGGCCUUUGACAGCUGUUGUCCAGACUGUAAGAUGCCUGGUGAUGAUUGCCCACUAGUAGUGUUCAUGGUUUUUGUUGUUGUUUUUCUGGAUGUUACUUCUGCGUGGCUUUUCUUUCAAACGGAACAAGGCAUGAAUUUCCAAAAUGGUAUGAACAUCAACCCUGAUACAGAGUUGUGCAUGCAUGUACAAGUUGUGGGGCCAGUGUUCUCAUGUAUUUCACAUGCACUGCAUUCUGAAGUGGCUGAACUCACAGCAAGUGCAUCAGCAAUGCCCUAUGUGCCGACAAGAGUGGAAGUUCAAGGAAUGAGAUUAGCACCUCCACAUCAAGAGAACUAGUUGGAGGCCAAUGUUGCUGUCUCCAGGACUUCUGAAAGUCUGUCCAAUUGGUUGCAACAGCUGUGGUGCCUGUGUGAGCAAGAACUCUUGUUACAUGCAGCAAGGAAUAUUACAGGGUGGUUUCAAAGUAUAGCUUAUCUUCAUUGUUGCUGAACUCUAUGGAGUAAAACCAAGUUGCAAAUGCAAUACAGCUUUUCUUAUCUGCUGGAUGGGAAUUUGGAUGGACCUGGUACGUAUAAGGCGUAUGUCCUAAAACUCAUCAUCCAAUUGAGUGGACGUUGUAUUUCAGCAAGCCAUUCCUCUACAUGUUCUACAGGCACAUGGCAUUAUCCUCCCGAGGGUGAUAGGACACCUGCCACUUCAUUCACAUCUAGUACAUGACUAUGUACAACAUGUAUAACUGUACGCAUUUUCUAACAGAACUUUAUCUCAAUGUUGGAUAACGUUGACACCACACAAGACGAGAUGUCAUACCUAACAGUGCCAUGACAUGAUGACUCAGUUGUUUGCAUGGCUUCACUACAUUGACGAUGUGCUUCAGAGAAUAAAUUUAGUAGACUAAAACCGCAUUUGCAUUGGACUUAAGUUUGUAAAAUGUGGUUAUUCUACCGUGCAUUCCCACUUAGGUUAAUUUUGGCCCGGGAAAGUCAUUCAUAUAUUUUCGUAAAUUUAACCGUACCUUGCUCUGUUAGACUCUGAUGAGGGCGCCCUCCUAUUGACCUUUUUACCUAGCACCGGAUGUGGUUGUGGAAAAACGUGCAAAAGAAUAUUGCAGAACAUCAGCAGUAUGUACAUGUAGGCCUAUGCGUGUAAAUCAAACGGGUCAUUAUUGGUGCUCCACACGGAAGUGUAACAUGAUGAUAGUGUUAGUUUUACAUAGUAGUAGCCGCCCGCAUGAUACUUUUAAAUUAUUUAAAAUUAACAAUGUAAUUCUUCCACGACCCAGUUGGCCCUGUAAAAGUUAUGAUUGCAGACCGCAAAACCUACAAUCGACAGUCGACACCCAACAAUUUUGGAAGUUGACAACAGUCUCCGUAAAGUUGACAACAGUCUCUGUUUCUAAUGUUGUGUAUGUGUACGAAAACAUGUCUUUUUAAAGGGACACGGAA